AUGAGUUCACUAAAUACCCUAUUCCCAAGUCAGCCACCAAAAUUCGAACCCCAUAUAACUAUAUCUUCAAACAUUGACAUAGACUUGGAUCAUCCCGAUAAAACCAAAGAUGAUGUGUACAGAAUUUUAUCUGCAAGCUUAGUUGCGAUAGAUUCGUUACCAAAAAAUCAUUCUAAUUUAGUAACAUUAGGUAAAGUGGACAGUCAAAGAAAGUUUUUCAAAAAGUUAUAUUUCCAAGUAGCAAGGGAUCCAAAUUUAGUUUCCUUUGCAACAAUAAUUAGAGAACUAUUUGUACAAUUACCAGCUGAUAUUGAAAAUGAAAACAUGAAGAAAAAUCCACACUUAUAUACUACGGAUAGUCAUGGAAAUACAGUUAAGAAGAAGUCGAGACAGUCACAAGAUAGAAAGAUAGAAGAGAUAGAUAUGCCUAGAAUCCAGCGUGAGGCUCAAGAGCAAGCAUCUCUGUGGAGUGUAACCGAAUUCGAUCCACAUCUUUCUUUGGUUUACAGCGACUUACAUCCCAUCGACAGCGCAUUGUGGAGGACAAUAAAAACAAGGAUUCAAGACUAUUUGAAUAUAGAUAAUUGCGAUUCAGAUGAUUUAACAGAUAACGGUUUAGGAUGGGACAAUGGAAUACUUAAACUAGUCCUAUGUGAAGGUGACGUUAAUGAUUGGGUAGUAUUGGGUAGUGCUGACUUGCACUAG